AUGGGGGACUUUGCGACGCUAGCUGCCGCCAUUCUGGAGCGAAUGGCGAACAGGCUUGUAGCUGAAAUGAGCAAAGAUAACGUCUCUUUUCACAUGACGCAAGAAAUUUCUACUAGCAACGGUGAGAACAUCAUAACUUCAUCUCAGGACUUGACAGAAUUUGUCAAAAUUGUGGCGAUGCUAGCCCAAGAGGCAAGCACAGAGAUCAACAGCGUUUUCCUGCAGCUGUGUGACUCUGUAAAUAAGGAAACGCUGACACUACGUGACAAAGUGAUUGCGCUGGAGGGCCAGCUAAAAGUUGCGACGGAAGACUUGGACAAGUACAAAGUAUGGAAGGAAAGCGUGAUGAAUGGCUGCCCCGUGCUAAAUGAGGAGACUGGGUGGAUCAUGACUCUGAAGCCUUAUGGAAAAUUGGUGGAAUUCAAUGAUGUGAUGGAGAAGGAAGAAGCUGAGUCCACAACAGCAGAUGUUGACGGAGACAGUCACGACAUUGCACAGCCUGACAACAUGGCGCCAUCAAUAGACACAAAGAAACUUAUACCAGCAAAUCUUCAAAAUAAGCCAUUUGAAUGUCAAGUAUGCAAGAAAACCUUCAGCUAUAGGGACCAGCUCAGAAAGCACUCGUACACCCACAAGGAGCCCCUGAAAUGCACCCAGUGUCCCAAAACCUUCCGUAGCAGUGCUUCAUUGGAGCGUCACAAGCUGCGUCAUGAGGGAAAGAAACCUCGGACCUUUGCGUGUCAGCACUGCGAGAAGACCUUCAACUGCAAACAGCGGCUCAAGACACACGAAAUGAUUCAUGACCUUUCCUUGGACCAGAUUUUGUCAGGUAAGACCUUCAUGUGUGAGACGUGCGGCGUCGGCUUUGCACAUCGGCACAACCUCAAGCGUCACAUCCGCAUCCACACGGGCGAACGGCCUUACAAGUGCCACGUGUGCGGCGCCAGCUUCAGACAGGACAGGCUGAAAGCUCACAUGCUUGUCCAUGGUGCCAAAAAGCCCUUCAUGUGCGACGUGUGCAGCAAAACCUUCCUGUACAACUGGCAGUUAAAGAAGCACCAAAAGGUGGCACACCAGAAUGGCGCAGAUGGCGGCACCUUGACUAGGAGGCGCCGCAGCCGUCCACGGGGACUGCAGAAUCGCGAUGUCAUCGUCAAACGUGACAGGAGCAUUGUGGACAUGACAAAGUUUACCUGCCAGACGUGCAAUCGCAAGUUCAACACCGAGGCGGGCCUCAAAAAACACGAGCUGAUCCACACGGGCAGUGCCCCGUUCACCUGCGAAAUUUGCGGCAAGGCUUUCCUCUACAAGGCCACCUUCAACUACCACCUUCGCACGCACAGCGGUGAGCGUCCGUACGCCUGCGACGUGUGCGGCAAGACCUUCAUUGUCCGCCAAGUGCUGGAGACGCAUCGGCUGCAGCACACGGGCGAGAAGCCGCACACCUGCGAGCAUUGCGGCAAGGCUUUCCGGGUCUAUGCCAACUACCGGUUACACCUCAGGAUCCACACAGGUGAGAAGCCUUAUCAGUGCGAGGUGUGCGGUGUCCGAUUCCGUCAGCUUGGACACGUCAAGUACCACAUGAAGGUGCACACGGGCGAGCAACUGUACACCUGUGGCACGUGUGGAUUCAGCUUUUCCAACGCCAAACAGCUGAAGAGACAUGCUUGCACCGCUCCAACCUGGUGA